UCUGCGCUCCAGCUCCCGACAAUGCCCCUUGCGGCGGCGGCGACCCAGCAGCCACAGGUCAAGCAGCAGCGCCAGAUCAAGGUCAAGUCGGAUGCCCAGCUGAAGCAGCUGCCGGUUAGGACGCCACCCCAGCCGUUGAAGGUGCAGCAGCAGCGCGCGGUCGGAAUUUUGCAGCAGCAGGUUCAAAUGGUACAGCAACAGCAGCAGCAGCAGCAAAUGCAGCGGACACCCACGGCCGGCGGCACGGUUGUGCAAGUUGGGGCAGGGGCGGGCAUUCCACAGCUGGAGAAUCGACAGCAGCAACAGCAGACGAAGCCGAUUGUGCCGAUUUACACACUCCUGCAGAACGAACCGAUCACCAUCGAGAUCGACGAUGACGAACCCGAAGUACGGAACAAAACCAUCCCAGUGACAUCGCCGCCUCCGCCACAACUGCAGUCGGUCGCCAACAAGCCCAACGCCGCCGCCGCCGCCGCCACUACCCCACGGACAAAUGGUGUCCCCACCAUACUCCGGAAUGGGGCACUACGCUCACAACAGCAGCUGCUGCAGCAACACCACCAGCAGAUGACGACGACGCCGCAGCGCAAAGUGACUCCCCCGGCGGCGGCGGCGGCUCACAAUGUGGUGUCCAGUACGAGCACUCCGACGCCACGGCGGCCACACCUGCUGACCGACGCGGACCUGAUUGGGCUGAUUCAGGACCUGCAGCUGCAGAAGGACAAGGCGGCCCUGCUGAUCAACCGGUUCCGGCAGUGGAAUCUGUUAGAUAGCAGUUGUCUCCUGGAUACGACCAUUGCGGCAAACGGAACGCAGGGUCCGGUCAGCAGGGGAACUGAGUUCAAGCGACGGUCCAUCAAGGACACCGGUGCCGUUGUCGGUUCGCCGGCGAUGCUGGUCCACUCGACCAGCAACUCCGUCAAACGGAAGCACCAGGAGCUGUGCUAAAGGAAAAUACUCACACACACACACAUUGAUCUAUCCUACCGUAUAAGGCUGAGAGCGUAACGAAACAGAUUCCUACAAAAAAAAAGAAGGCAUACUCUGUGCACAAGAGAUCUGAUAGUAUUAUAUACUUUAUAUAUUUGAAACACUAGUUGAUAAGGUCCAAAAAGGUACUUACCCUUAGAAGAGGUUCGAACAACCGUUUUUUCGAUGUAAAUUAAAAUAUUUUAGCUGUGUGCCAUUGGCAACUUUUUCUUACUCUUCGAUGGCACGUGUUGUGCGAACAAUAAAAUCGAAAUAAAAUCGGCACCAUUCCGAAAUAUGUGUGUAAACUGACUGCUC